AUGAAUGAAAUUGUAAUAGUAUGCGAAAUAAAUGUCCCCAGAGGACUGUGGAAACUGGGGAAAAUUGUUGAAGUGAAAAGGGGAAGUGAUGAGGCAAUAAGAAAAGCGACCGUUCAGUUACCGAACGGACAUCUUUGGACACGGCCUAUAAGUUGCCUUGCACGUUUAGAAGUACCGGCUCAGUCGGAUAGAGAAGCGACGAAUGACACCACCAAGCAUCAAUUUAGGUCGAAAAAUCCUAAUUUGGACAGGGAAAAAUCUGAAGUGGUUUCCGACAAUUCCUCUGAAAAGGCAAAUAAGAACCAUGAUGUAACAGUGGUUAUGAAUGAAAUUGCUAAUACCAACUGCAUGAGAGGACCGAAAAAGUGGAAUCCAAAAUUUGGUGCAUUCUGUGCAGCAGUUUGCUGUUUCAUGAUGUCUGUGAAUGCUGAUCGAAAAUUUCAAUUGUGUGUGCCAAGACGAACCGGAUUUUUGGUUUCACUACCGAAUCAACUCCACUGUACUUUGUCACCUGACGACAAAGUGUGA